CCCCCAAAACGCAACGUUUUACAAAGCAACUAGCACCAUCAAUCAAACAUCUUCACAAUGUCCUCCUAAACAACAAAACAAACAUAGUUCUAUGCAUCAACAAAAUGGCAACAACCAAAACCAACCACCACGUACUCCAACUAAUCCUCUCCUGCCGCAAAAUCACCGCCCAAGUAACAAACCCCACAACCUCAUCCAUCAUCGCCAUGGCUUCCUCUUCCGAACAAGAGUUUCUCUCUCACAACCGCUCCGUCCUCAAUCGCUUCCCUAGAUCACACCGUUUCUGGGACGCCAAAAUCGCUUCUCGUGUUGGUGAGAAACUCGCUUUCCGUCUCAAAGAUAUCGGUAUCACCGGCGUUCAAAUCGAUGCUAAUGAAGAGUUAUCUCAUCCGUUACAUUAUCGUACGAUGGUUUCUCCUUUGUUCCGUUCUGUUCAACGUGUUUGUGUUCAUGUUUUCGGUGCUGAUAAUUUACCUUCCAUUUGA